AUGGACACUCGUGAAGGGCCCCAAAUAACUAUAAGAAGUCUUGGGAAACACAGUGUUGAUUUUGUAUUAUCUAAUGUAGAUCUUGCAUUUGCAAACUCUCUUAGACGAAUUAUUUUAGCAGAAGUGCCUACUAUAGCUAUUGACUUGGUAGAGAUAGAAAUGAACACAUCGGUUCUUGCAGAUGAAUUUAUUACACACAGAUUAGGGAUGAUACCAUUACACUCAUCGAAUGUAGAUGAUAAAUUAGUAUAUACGAGAGAUUGUGAUUGUGAUCAAUAUUGUAGAAAAUGCUCUGUUCAACUAACUUUAUAUGCCAAAUGUACAGGGGAUGGUACUAUGGAUGUGUAUUCAAGAGAUCUUGUUGUUGAAAAUAAUGCUACUAUUGGUACUCCAGUAAUUGAUGAUCCUGAAGGAAAAGGUAUUUUGAUUUGUAAAUUGAGAAAAGCACAAGAAUUGAAACUUAAAUGCAUUGCAAAGAAGGGAAUUGCAAAAGAACAUGCAAAAUGGUCACCAGUUUCUGCUAUUGCAUUUGAAUAUGACCCAUGGAAUAAGCUUCGGCAUACGGACUAUUGGUUUGAAGAAAGUUCAGAAGCGGAGUGGCCAAAAAGUAGAAAUACUGAUUGGGAAGAAGCUCCACGAGAUAAAACAUUUGAUUAUACGGCAGAGCCAAAUAAAUUUUAUUUCGGAGUUGAAACAGUGGGAUCUUUGCCUCCAAAUGAGGUUAUAUCUCAAGGUAUAAAAUACCUUCAGGUAAAAUUAGCUACAAUUGUAAGAGAUUUACAAAGAGGUGGGGUGGAAAAUAUGGGCAUUGGAGCAGUAGGUUUUGGUGAUGAUAUACAUCUUUCAAACAAAACUUUAAAUGGAUGGGAAAAAACGACAUGGGAUUAA